UAUAGGGUUACACCCGGUCUAAGGAAUACAUAAUAACUGAGUGGCCAAUGAAGAAGACAAUGCAAGACAUCUGGUGCCUCAUCUAUGACCACGAAUGCAAUUCUGUGGUCGUGUUGGGCAAUCCGGGGCACAGUAGUACAUACCCGAGCUUCUGGCCCAACGAGAAGGUGAAGAAGCAGAAGUACGGCCCGGUCUUCACCGUCGAGAUGAUGUCAUACAAUCACUACCCGAACGUCAAGUCGUGGAUCUUUCGCAUCAAUAAGAAAGUGGUUUCGUUGACGGAUGUGAUGGCGGGCGUGAAGGCUGAGCCCAAAACGACACAACUGUUUCAGAUCCUGUGUUGGCCGCCCGAGCAUAAGGUGCCCACCUCUACGAACGCGUUGGUCGAGCUCAUGAAUAUGGUUGAGCGCUGGAGACAGCGAAGCAAUUAUGGACCAGUAGUUGUCGUCUCA